GGUUUGGUUUCCCCGCCCCUCCGUGGCUGAAGCUGUCGGGGCCGGGCCGUGGCGGCCGAGGGGUGGCGGGGGGCAGGGCGUGGUCAGGUGAGGUGAGUGCACCAGCAGGGCUCCCCGGAGCCAUGGCCUGCUCCAUUGUCCAGUUCUGCUACUUCCAGGACCUCCAGGCCGCCCGCGACUUCCUCUUCCCUCACCUGCGGGAGGAGACCCCCAUCGGCGCCCUGCGGAGGGACCCCAGUAAAUCAGCGAACUGGGAGGACGAUGGCUGGGGAGCGUGGGAGGAGACUGAGCCCCAGGAACCUGAAGAAGAAGGAAAUACUUGCAAGACACAGAAAACUUCCUGGCUUCAAGACUGUGUUUUAUCCUUAUCUCCAACCAAUGAUCUCAUGGUUAUAGCCCGGGAGCAAAAAGCUGUAUUUCUAGUGCCAAAAUGGAAAUAUGGUGAUAAAGGGAAGGAAGAAAUGCAGUUUGCUGUUGGUUGGAGUGGCUCUUUACACGUUGAAGAAGGGGAGUGUGUGACCAGCGCUCUGUGCAUCCCCCUGGCCAGCCAGAAGAGGAGUUCCACCGGGCGCCCCGACUGGACCUGCACCGUGCUGGGCUUCACCUCCGGCUCCGUGCGCUUCUACACGGAGAACGGCGUGCUCCUGCUCGCGCAGCUGCUGAACGAGGACCCGGUGCUGCAGCUGAAGUGCAGGACCUACGAGAUCCCCCGGCACCCCGGCGUGACCGAGCAGAAUGAAGAGCUGAGCAUCUUAUAUCCAGCUGCCAUUGUGACCAUCGACGGGUUUAGCCUCUUUCAGUCUCUCCGUGCUUGUCGAAACCAAGUAGCAAAAGCUGCAGCGUCAGGCAAUGAGAACAUACAGCCACCACCGUUAGCUUAUAAGAAGUGGGGUCUACAAGAUAUUGACACUAUUGUUGAUCACGUUAGUAUUGGCAUUAUGACGCUGUCCCCUUUCGACCAGAUGAAGACGGCCUCCAACAUAGGCGGGUUCAACGCGGCCAUUAAAAACAGCCCACCCGCCAUGUCUCAGUACAUCACCGUGGGGUCCAACCCGUUCACCGGCUUCUUCUACGCUUUGGAGGGGAGCACGCAGCCGCUGCUGUCCCACGUGGCUCUGGCCGUCGCCAGCAAGCUCACUUCCGCCUUGUUUAACGCCGCCAGUGGUUGGCUUGGCUGGAAGAGCAGGCACGAGGAAGAAGCUGCCCCAAAGCAGAAGCCGAAGGUGGAACCCGCCACCCCGUUGGCUGUCAGGUUUGGGCUCCCAGACUCGAGACGCCACGGCGAGAGCAUAUGUGUGUCCCCGUGCAACACGCUGGCGGCAGUGACGGACGAUUUCGGCAGAGUCGUUUUGUUGGAUGUGGCCCGGGGCAUCGCCACACGCAUGUGGAAAGGGUAUCGGGACGCCCAGAUUGGCUGGAUCCAGAUUGUAGAGGACCUCCACGAAAGAGUCCCCGAAAAGGUGGAUUCGUCCCCCUUUGGAAAUGCCCAGGGUCCCAGCCGAGUAGCUCAGUUCCUGGUGAUCUACGCCCCGAGGCGGGGCAUUCUGGAGGUGUGGAGCACGCAGCAGGGGCCCCGCGUGGGGGCCUUCAACGUGGGGAAGCACUGCCGGCUUCUGUAUCCCGGCUACAAGAUCAUGGGCUUAAAUAACGUCACCAGUCAGAGUUGGCAGCCGCAGACGUACCAGAUCUGCCUCGUCGACCCCGUGUCCGCGAGUGUGAAGACAGUUACCGUCCCCUUCCACCUGGCGCUGAGCGACAAGAAGAGCGAGCGUGCCAAGGACAUGCACCUAGUGAAGAAGCUGGCGGAGCUGCUGAAGACCAAGUCUCCCAGCCUCGAUGUGGUGGAAAGAGAAAUAAAGGAAGUAAUUCUUGACAUUAAGUACCCCGCAACCAAAAAGCAGGCUCUGGAAAGCAUUCUGGCGAGUGAGCGCUUACCGUUCUCCUGCCUGAGAGACGUCACCCAGACUCUUGUGGACACUUUGAAAAAUCAAGAACUGGAGUCUGUUGACGAGGGGCUGCUCCAGUUCUGUGCCAACAAACUGAAACUGCUCCAUCUCUACGAGUCUGUCCGCCAGUUAAAUUCCCUGGGUUUUCACUCGGACGCACCCUUCUCUGACCACGACCUGGCUGUCUUACUGAGGCUUGACGAGAACGAGCUCCUCAAGCUGCAGGCGUUGUUGGGGAAGUACAAGCGGGAGACCGCCAGGACUGCGGUGCGGUUUUCCGACGCGGACGACGGCGUGUGGCCCGUGAAGACGUUCCUGGAACACCUGGAGUGUGAGAAGGACACGGUCAGCGUGAAGAAGAUGAGCGAAGAGGAGUACGUGGCCUUAGGCAGUUUCUUCUUUUGGAAGUGUCUGCAAGGCGACAGCCCCCCAGAGGACCUGUGUCACACGUUGGAGUCGGCUGGACUGAGCCCCCAGCUGCUGUUGUCGCUGCUCCUGAGUGUCUGGCUUUCCAAGGAGAAGGACGUUCUGGAGAAGCCUCAGUGUGUCUGCUACCUUCACGCGAUGCUGUCCCUCCUGAGCAGGAUGAAAGUGGCCAUGGACGACUCGUGGGACUCCCAGUCGGUGUCCCCGUGGUGGCAGCAGAUGCGCACGGCGUGCGUCCAGUCCGAGAACAACGGGGCCGCGCUGCUCUCCGCACACGUGGGGCACUCCGUCGCUGCGCAGCUGUCCAACGGCGGUGCCGAGAGGAAGCUUUCCCAGGCGGCGGCGGGCGCGGACGCCGAGGCCCUCACGGACUCCUGGGAGGCCCUCUCCCUGGACACCGAGUACUGGAAGCUGCUGCUCAAGCAGCUGGAGGACUGCCUGGUGCUGCAGACGCUGCUGCACGGCAGGGCCGGCCCGCGCGCCUGCCGGGCGCCGGCGCUGCCCGCCGAGCCGCUGCCCAGGCUCUCCGUCAGGAAGCUGCUCGAGGGAGGCAGAGGUGGCAUUGCAGACAGCGUGGCCAAGUGGGUGUUUAAACAGGACUUGAGUCCCGAAGUGUUAACACGGGCAAGCAGAGAGAGAGACGCAGAAAACCUGGACGAACCCACAGAAGGCACUCACAGGGGCUCGCUGGAGGUGUCAGCAGCGGACGUGGACUUGGGAGCCAUCCCAGACCUGCUGCGGGCCGCCUACGAGCAGUUCCCGUGCAGCCUGGAGCCGGACACGCUGCACGCGCACUGCUGCUGGGAGUGCGUGGUCCAGUGGAACAAGGACCCGGAGGAAGCACGUUUCUUCGUGAGGUCUAUAGAGCACCUGCAGCGCAUCGGCAACGCGCAUGUUCAGCACGGCGUCGCGCUGAUGAUGUGGAACACCUUCUUGGUCAAGAGGUUCUCUGCGGCUACGUACUUGAUGGAGAAGGUUGGAAAAUCACCCAAGGACAGGUUGUGCCGAAGGGACGUGGGCAUGAGCGACACGGCGCUGACCUCCUUCCUCGGCUCCUGCCUGGAUCUCCUGCAGACGCUGAUGGAGGCAGACGUGAGCAGGGACGAGAUGCAGGCGCCCGUCCUGGACACCGAGGACGCUUGGCUCGCCGCCGAGGGCCCGGUCUCGAUCGUGGAGCUGGCCCUGGAGCAGAAGCACGUGCACUACCCGCUGGUGGAGCACCACUCCGUCCUCUGCUCCAUCCUGUACGCGGUGAUGAGGUUUGCUCUGAAGGCUGUGAAGCCACUGUCGCUUUUUGACAGCAAGGGGAAAAAUGCGUUUUUCAAAGACCUAACUUCAAUACAGUUACUGCCUAGUGGAGAAAUGGAUCCCAACUUUAUUUCUGUACGACAGCAGUUCCUGCUGAAGGUCGUCAGUGCGGCCGUGGAGGCUCAGCACGCGGGUGCGAAGGACAGAGGCGCCUCAGAGGAGGCACCAGCCACUCCUUCUGGGAAAGACCAAGACUGGCCCGCCCUGGCCGUGGCCUUGGCCCAGCACCUUCAAGUCAGUGAGGACGUCGUGAGAAGGCACCACGUGGAAGAGCUCUACAACUAUGGGGCCGACCACCUGGGCGAAGAGGCCAUCCUCCAGGUCCAGGACAAGGAGGUCAUGGCCUCCCAGCUGCUCAUGGUGACGGGGCAGAGGCUGGCGCACGCGCUGCUCCGCGCGCAGACCAGAGAGGGCAUGGAGCUGCUGGCCCGGCUGCCGCCCACGCUCUGCACGUGGCUGAAGGCGAUGGACCCCCAGGAUCUUCCGAACACGGAGGUGCCCAUUGCAACAACAGCCAGACUGGUCCACAAAGUCAUCGAGCUUCUGCCCGAAAACCACGGGCAGUACAGUUUAGCCUUACACCUCGUCGAGGCCGUGGAAGCCAUACCCUUCGCCCCCCUCGGGCCCCGCCUAUGACCCCGCCCCCCCGUGGGCCUGGCACACCGGUCAGCGCGUGGUGGUCACACAGCGGCGGCUGGGCUUCAUGGAGGGGGAUGCCUUUCUGUUCCUUUUGUAAAAUGAAUUAAAAAAAAAUAUAUAUAUAUAACUUUUAAAACAUACAGUCCUGGUUAAAUUCCACUCCUUUGGUAAAAUAUAAACAGAUAUCAAUUAUACUAUUAACUAGUCAUACAGAUGUUUUACUGUCCAUUUCUAACUCAAACACUUAAGUAGCUUUAUUGUUGAAUUUUGCUAUUUAAAAUUGGUUAUGAUUUACGGAUUACAUUCUUGUUAUCAGAUUCUAUAUUUCCUACUCAAGUGUUACUGUUCUAAGGAAGUUUCAGUGUGGUCCUGUAAACACAGUCCCAUCAGUCACGUCAGAGGAACACCCCACUCCCCUGGCACAACAGUCAGGAAGAGGCUUCUCCCGGCCCGCCCCCUCCCCUGCCGGACGGCCCCCCGGAGUGCUGGGGGCUGGCGGGUCCUUCCCCAGAGGGUGUUCGGCUGCCGUCAGAGGACAGUGACCUUGUGAAGGAACAUGCUCAAGAUCACCAGGCCUCAGAAGGGACGUGCACUAGGACCCUGGACCUGGUUCCCGAGCACCUGUCUGUACUUGCCAAAACUGUGAAUCUGAGGUGCAGGCGACACACCCAAAUCAGUUAUAACACAAGGUAAGACUUGUUUCCUGCCAAGGCUCAAAGCUGUAUCCACAUCAGGUAAUGAACUGUAAAAAUGUAUUAUCUUGUAAAACUUAUGUUUUAAAAAAAGGAGCAAAGAUGCUAAAAGUUUAAGUCUAACUUUACUUUUCCUACAAGCGUUUCGAAACGUCUGCUUCUGAGACUUGGCAGGGUCGCGUCUGUGCUCGUGGGAGCAGCCCGACCAAACCUGCCCACAGCCCGGUGGUGAGGGCGGGCUGCAGCCGCUGUCACAGCCCAGGGCGCCUAGAGCGGUCCGCGUGCUGGACGGUGAUUCGAUUAAACCCGAACUAACCAGGACUCUGCAAAGUGCUCUGAGCUCCACAGAUACCAACUACUCACUACGCCCAUCUGUGGAAUGCACCCACGCAGUGCAGUUACUGCCACCUGUCCAGGACGGCAGGUGUCUCUCCUUGGGACACAGAAGCCAGUGUCUGCGACCCCUCAGGAGAAGCCGACUCCAGCAGUCGUACAGAGUUGAGGAGACAGACAGGAAAAAAUGAGGAGAUCCCAGUGUAAAUUCUUUUUAGCUAAAAGGUCACAUCCGAAUAAGGACUUCCCUGUCUAAAACCGAGUUGCUGUUUAGCAUAAAAUAAACGUGUAGGAUGUCCUGGGUCUUUGGGCUGCGGGCCCGUAUGUCCUGCGGAGGCAAACACAGCGCAGGGCCCGCUGCCAGGCCUCCGCCCCGAGCCACUGCCCCGGGUCCCCCCCCCCCACCCCCAGAGACGCUCGUGUGGUUUUCUGUGAACGUAUUUGGCUUCAGACAGUCACUCGCCACAGACAUUCUAAAAGGUUGGUUCUUUCUGUGAUUUUUCUCCUCACUCUGAAAGUAAUUAUAAAUUUUGGACGGUGGUUCAAAAGCAUGGAAGUAUAGGCAUUUUUAAAGAUUAAAUCCUACUUUGAUUCCAUGUCAUUUUGGGGGGUACCUAAUCAGUGUUUUAGCUAAUAAAACUGGUUUCAUGCACAAUCAGAUCUGAGGAUUGUGGAGAGUAAGCGGACACAGGGCAGAGAACUGGGACAAGUCCCUGAGUCUCCAUUGAGCAGAUCGGUAAUCCUAAAAAGUUUACCACUCAUUCAAUUUUAAAUUUGAAUUCUGAGUCUUAGGAUUAAGAAACAGCUAAAUAUUUUACUAUUCCACUAAGGGCUUUAACACAUAACCCUAGAAAUCCAGCAGAAGGCACGUAAGCAGCUCUGUGCAGGCAGACCUGACCGUACUGCACGCCGGAUGCAAGUGUUUACACACGGAAGGCAAGGCCAUCAGUGGAAUGAUGGAGACCAACCUCAGUGGGCCCCCUCGCUCUGCUGCGGGGGUCUGCCCGCCUGUGGCCUGUAACAAGGAAGGGCCGCAGGUGCGGGGGUCAGAUGUGAUGUCCAGUGGCUCGUUCUGAAACAAAGGGCCUGCUUGCCACCCUUUGCUGCAGCUGCUGCUGGGAGGCCAGCCACCAGGAGUGAGUCCCCAGAUCCGCACCCCACCCCCCACCCCCGUCCCUCACUGGCAGCGGAGAGGCGUGGGCCGCCCCUUACACGCCGCUGUCUAAUGCGGAACGCAGACAAGUGUCCCACAGUUGUAACCGCCACGUCACAGGCUGGGCUCAGUCGUGGACUCCCACGCGUCAGCACAAAUGCAGAUGAAGGGGAACAGCGCCAGGCUUCUGAACGCUUCCUGCCUUUUCACAGAGAAAAGUAAAUGGAGAAAAGUCUUAUUUCACCUCAGUUACAAAAAUUCAUCUUAGGUCACAGUAAACAAUGUUACAUUUUAAAUUGCAUUCUUUAAGGAAAAGUGAUUACUUGCAAUUUAAAAUCUCAGAAAUCUCAGACUUAAUACUAAGCUUACAUGGAUUGUAACAUUCAGUUAGCAGUUGCUGUGAUUCAUUUAAUUUUUAAGAGAGAAGCACUUCUAAAGUGCCGACAGCAACAGGGAAAAAGCCCUCUCACCCCGGCAGGAACGGAUUUGUCGGACUUAUAAAAGUUUGAUUUCUGCUGAGGAGAAUUAGCUAUCCCUAGAGAGAUUUUCAUCCAAUACCAAGUUGUUUAUAAAUCCUCUAUUACCUAAUGUAAUGUACUGUAAGUAGUGAAAUUCUGUAUAUACUGUUGUUCUGUGUCUGUUCAUUGUUGUGAAUUUAUGUAUAUUAGUGAAAUAAAUUUUCAGCUUUCA